CUUCCGUUGAGAAUGAAUGGGAAAAGUUAAGGGAAGUUAAGCUUAUCUAUCCGCAAAUGUGUUAUGUAUUAGUGUAAAAAGAAAGAAACACCGGGUGGUAUCUUUCCUGUCAAAUAAAAUACGCUUAACCAGUUAACCAGUGUCAAGCGCACGGAGACGGAGCGUGAUCUACAAGAAUAAUUACAAAUCUCGAAGUGUAAAGGGAGAAGAAUGUACUGGGCUGAAGAUGACAACAUGGGCCCUUGGCCUCCUUGCCUGGAGAGUUACUCUGAGCCUGCCAACAACUCAACCUACGUCAUGUACCAUGGCACCAGCAAGGAGGCUGUUGAAAGCAUCAAGAAGGACGGCUUCACUCCCUCAGAGGAUGGCAUGCUGGGGCCCGGUGUGUACGUCAGCCGCGACAUUAAGAAAGCCAGCCGCUACCCCCUGAAUGUAGCCGAAGGGGACCGCAGGGUCCUAGUGCUCAAAGUGAAUGUGGGGAGGGUGAUGAAGAUUAACUACCAGGGGCACCCCCUGCAGAAGACCUGGCAUGCAGCAGGCUAUGACACGGCCUGGGUGCCCCCUAAGUGUGGCGUGGUGCGCAGUGGUCUGGAGGAGGACUGUGUCUGGGACCCCUCUAGGAUCAAUGUCAUCAGUGUUAUCAAACCCAAACCACAGCCAUCCCCAAUCAAUACUUUUGAACCCAUACGACAACCAUCCCCAAUCAGUACUUUUGAACCCAUACCACAGCCACACCCAUACAGUGCUUUUCAACCCCAACCACAGCCAUACCCAUCCAGUGCUUUUCAACCCCAACCACAGCCAUACCCAUCCAGUGCUUUUCCACCCAUACCACAGCCAUACACAUACAGUGCUUUUCAACCCAAACCACAGCCAUACCCAUCCAGUGCUUUUCCACCCAUACCACAGCCAUACACAUACAGUGCUUUUCCACCCACACCACAGCCAUACACAUACAGUGCUUUUCCACCCACACCACAGCCAUACCCAACCAAUGCUUUUCAACCCAAACCACAGCCAUAUAUGGGCUGGGGAUUUGGAAGCGGUUACUACCAAUAAAAGACCUGUCAAAAUAGCCAUCAAAUAAAAUGUAAGGGACAUGAGCAUAAAACUAUUCUUUCUAAGUUUGGCAGUCAGAAUCUUUUGAUAAAUCAUACAAUAAAUAUGAUUGUAUUUUCAGAUGUUGAAUAAAAAAGGUAUCCUUGUGUUGUGAGCCAUUGAUAAUCUUGGCUGUUAGUAAUCAGUGCUUACUUAUAAUUUGUCCAGGCAAAUCAUUUCUCAGUGAAUUUGUUUCUAUUUUUG